CUCGCCGCUGAGGCGCACGCGCGUCUCUGACUGGCCAUCUCUUUCCGGUUCCGGUUCCCCCCCCCCCCCCCCGCGUCUCUCAGAGAAGUUGCUACGUGUCUUUAAGACGUCGCGGAGAAAGUCGGAAGUUCGCCAUGGAUCAAGUAAUGCAGUUUGUGGAACCCAGCCGCCAAUUUGUGAAAGACUCCAUCAGGCUUGUCAAAAGAUGCACAAAGCCAGAUAGGAAAGAAUUCCAGAAGAUUGCCAUGGCUACAGCAAUAGGUUUUGCGAUAAUGGGAUUUAUUGGCUUCUUUGUAAAACUGAUCCACAUUCCAAUCAACAACAUCAUUGUGGGUGGCUGAAUGUUUCAUGAAGACUUAAUAUUGGACAUAAUAUCACACAAGAAGCUCUCUGGCUUUAUAUCAUCUUUUAUUGUUCGUCAGUAUAAACCAGUUUUUAAAGAACAACUGUUGCGGCAUUCUGUUUAGUUAAUACAAGCACAUCUUGAUAAA